AUGCCUCCGAUUGGCGUGGGCUGGACACAGUGCGGCCUGUGCCACACCCAGCGCGGAAGAUUACCCUCCCUGGGACGUGUGUCUGAUUGGGUGCUCAUCGUCGUUGUGCUGCAAACCACCGGCGGAGCUUGCCUUGCGUGCUGCGGUGCUGUCGUCGCCCGUCACAGGCUUUUCGCCUCGCCGCAGCCGACGCAGGGUCGAAUCCAGCGAUCCAGGCGCAUCGGCUUCGAGUGCGGGUCUGUCGCGAGAGCACGUCCUGCGUGCGAGUCUGCUACAGCACGCGAACCCAAUGUGUUUGUUUCCAGUUGCACGUCCGUCCGCGCAGCUGGCGAGUGUAAAACGCCACGAGUUGAUGCGAGUCGGCGUUCUGAGCCGAGCGUAUCAGCGCCGCAGUGCCCAGUUUCACCCCGGCCCAGUCAUACACCCACAGCUUGA